AUGGCUCCCAAAGCACUCGCAGUUAUUGCAGGCGUCGGUCCUGGCACGGGUGCGUCCAUCGCCCGGCGCUUUGCCAAAUCUUACUCCGUGGCACUGUUGGCCCGCAACCCGACCAACUACGAGCCACUCGUGCAGGAGAUCAACUCCAAUGGCGGCCAGGCCGUCGGCAUCAGUACUGAUGUUUCCGAUACCAAUAGUGUCAACUCGGCCUUUGAGCAGAUCGCCAAGCAGUAUCCUGACACCAAAUUAGCUGCCGCCAUUUUCAAUCCUGGCGGCGGGUUCGUCCGGAAGCCGUUCCUGGAACUAACGGAGGAUGACUACACGACUGCACUCGCGUCGCAGGCUAAGGGUGGGUUUACCUUCGCCCAGCGCGCACUCCCUCUCCUUCUCAAGGCGCGAGAGUCCGCCCAGCACCCACCCACCCUAAUCUUCACGGGAGCCACCGCGAGUCUGAAGGGUUCUGCCAAUUUCGCCGCAUUUGCGUCCGCCAAGUUCGCUCUGCGUGCCCUGGCUCAAUCGCUGGCUCGUGAAUUCGGGCCACAGGGCGUUCAUGUGUCGCACGCGGUCAUCGACGGGGUGAUUGAUAUCCCCCGCACCAAGGGCUUUGUCUUUGAGCACGAAGACGCCAAGUUGAGUCCUGAUGCGAUUGCGGAUUCGUACUGGCAUCUGCAUACGCAGCCACGGACGACCUUUGCGUUUGAGCUGGAUUUGAGGCCGUAUGUUGAAAAAUGGUAA